ACUAAACGCAUUCCAUAUACUCACUCAUUUAUACACAUUCGUUUGAUUAUCAAUAUGAAGGCAUCUUGGACUGCUGUUGGCGCUUUCCUGUCGCUCAUUCACCAGAGCGCUGCCAAUCUCGACGUCAUUACCCUCCCUGCGAACGGCGACACAUGGAUUCAGGAAGCUGAAGCCACACUUAUCCUGGGUGACACUCCCAAAGAUAUCACUGGCGAUGCUGCGCUGUGGAGUGCAAUCAUGAUGGACCAGCAAGAUUUUCUGCAGGGCGUCACCCAAAAUUCACCUGGAAGCGCGUGGUGCCAGGACUUGGGUAGCAAUUGGUGCAAUUUUGCAUACAUGCUCCAAGGCACGAAGAUUACCAACGGCACGCCCGUCAAGGCUUCAGCCGGUGACCGGGUCAGAACUCACUACAAAUUGAACUCUACCACAAAUCUGUGGGAUCAAAACGUCUAUAUCAACGACAGUCUUGUAUCUCAAAUUUCCACGAGCGAGGGACAACAUGGAAAGAUCUUCUACGUCUCGGUCGAGUGCUCAACUCGACCCUGCGCUACCGUUCCAGCUCACAGCUGGGAGAACAUUUCCGUAACCCUGAACCAAGCCGACCAGUCUUUCCAAAACAGCGGCGCUUGGGAGUACGGGGCCACUGGUGGCGCAAUGUCAACAGCAGACAGCGGCAAGACCUGGACGUUCGCCAAGUUGAACGUUCCAGCUCUGACGCCACAAUAGGUCAAAGCCUCGUGCCUUUAUUCUUGUAAAUAUUCAAAUACAGAGAUCGCCUUUCAGGAGACAUCGGUAUCUUCGAAGUAAGUCCUAAUGCACUGGGUCGUAACCCAUCAACCGUGGAAAGUGCGAAAAGAUCACAAUACUCUAUACUUUUCCUAAGGCGUGGCUGCCUCUUGCAGAAGAACAACUAGUGAACUGGC